AUAAUCAUCUUUCACUUUUUUGAUGUUUCAAUUUCAACUCCAAAAUUCUGCUAUGCUAAAAAUCAAAACCAGUAGUAACUUCUCCAAGUCAAAAUUUUCCCCACAAAUUAACUCUCAAUUCCACAACAAUGCAUUUUCCUUCACUUUCUGAUUCUCGAUAACCUUUCUCUGUCAUGAACGCUGUGUUCUCCCACCUCUCAUCAUUCACAGCUACUAUACUCGGAAGAACAACAACUCGAAUCAUCGCUAACGGAAUUCCUAACCGUUUCUCAUUCCCAAGAAAAUCACACUAUUCUUCCAGUAUUAGGUCUUUUCGUUCAGAAUUCGUAUUAUCGACGGUUACUCGCUGCUAUUCCACUAGAAAAGGGCGCAAAAGUAGUUCUUCUAAGUUGCAAAAAGUAGAGCCUGAAACGACGAUGGAUCAUGAAAAGGAUGAUGCGUUUUAUGUUGUAAGGAAAGGCGAUGUUGUUGGAAUUUAUAGUAGUCUCAGUGAUUCUCAAGCUCAAGUUGGAUCUUCUGUAUGUGAUCCUCCUGUUAGUGUAUACAAGGGGUAUUCGAUGUCGAAGGAAACUGAGGAAUAUCUUCUCUCGCAUGGGCUAAAGAAUGCUUUAUACACAAUUAGAGCCUCUGAUUUGAACGAGGAUUUGUUUGGCACACUCGUUCCUUGUCCUUUCCAGGAUCCUUCUUCUACCAAAGGAACCACAUCAAAUGCAGAUACAUCUAAAAAGAGAGCUUUAGAAAUGCUUGAACAAGAUAAUGUGCAGAAAGCAACUGGUUUGACAUCCAUCUCUGAAGAUCCCUUGAGAAAGCAAGUCAAGUUAGAUCGUGCUGCUGUGGGCGAAGCAUCUUCACUUGCAAAUAAGACUUGUAUUGUUGAGUUUGAUGGUGCGUCAAAAGGAAAUCCUGGAAAAGCUGGUGCCGGAGCUAUUCUGCGAUCUAAAGAUGGGAAUUUGAUUUAUAAGGUUCGUGAAGGUGUGGGUAUAGCAACAAACAAUGUUGCUGAAUAUCGUGCAAUGAUAUUGGGAAUGAGAUAUGCUCUUAAAAAAGGAUUCACCAGUAUCUGUAUACAAGGGGACUCUAAACUUGUCUGCAUGCAGAUUGAUGGUUCAUGGAAGGUCAAGAAUGAGAACUUGUCUACAUUGUAUAAGGUGGCCAAAGAACUCAAGGAGAAAUUUGUGUCAUUCAAGAUCAGUCAUGUUCUAAGGAACUUCAACUCUGACGCUGAUGCUCAAGCAAAUUUGGCCAUCCAUCUUGCUGAUGGCCAAGUUCAGGAAGAGUAUGUAGGUUAAUAAUUUAUUAAUGGCAGUUAAUGGUUAUGUUUUGGGUUUGUGGCAGAAUACCUACAAUUUACGGAUUCUUGUCACCGUUCUUUCAAACCUCAAGAUCGAAUAAUUUUGAAUUAGUCCUCUAUCACUCGUCAUGACCAUUUGACUAAUGUUUUGUAGUCCAAUGUAGUUUUACUGAUACAGGCUGGGCCCCAGCAGCCAGCAGUGCCAAUGGUAGUAAUUUUUACCAUCAGAGCUUUUCAAUUUCUGUCAGGUUGUGGAGUGAAAGGUUCCCACUAGCCACUUGAAAUUGGAUUUUGUGAUUUUCAAAUUUUCAUUCUUGGGAUAUAUGGUAGACCAGAAACUCUUUAUUGUCUAUUGUAGACAUGAUUAUUAUUAGAAUUAAAUUAUUACACUAAUUAUGCUGCUUGUCUAUUGUGCUGUUUCAUUUCUUGUAAUAUUAAGCUAUUUUCACAAAAUAAAUGGAAUGCAAGAUUCUACCUAA